AUGAAGCGCACAAGCAUCACAAAAAGUGGUUCAACAGCCACUUCGAGCACGGCCACUACAUUUAUUCCACCUUACCAACCUAUCAGCCUUUUGUUAUCAAAUAAAGAGAAUGCACAAGAGACUAAUAGCAUUUAUAAUAUUCUUUAGGAGUCCAAAUCCGCUAAUAGCAAUAAUAAUAAGAAUUCUCUAUCCUAAACACCAUCAUAUUUAGGAGUAAAAAAUAGCUAAAUUUCUUCCUCUUCAUCUUCUUAGAACCUUUAUUCUUAAUAAUCUGCACCAAAGAGCCCUAAUCAAAUGUCUUCUUAGAACCUAAACAGUACAACAAAAGCUUCUGAAAGUCUUCUCUAGCAUAACUAAAGAUUGCUUAUGUCAACUUAAAAGACUGGUUCUUUGCACAGCACUUCUUCUCUGCUCUGCAAUUACUCUUCUGCUAAUAAUAAUUAAACAAGCAGCACUUCAAAAUCUCCUCUGAGCCACUCAAAUAUCAGCGUUUACAGAGCUUAAACCUAAUACACUCCUACAUCUAAAAAAUAGAUUCUUUCUACCUAAAAUGGUAUUUCUCCUAAAAUUUUGCUUACAGGUGGAGGUAUUUAAGGCUCUAAAAGUUCUUAAAUGUUUCACUCACAUCGUCCUUCAUUAGCAGCAGCUUAAACUAACAACGAAAACAUAAGUUUAUAAAAAUAACAAAGUCUCUCUAAGGCUAGCGAAGUUGUUAAAAAAAAUAUAAACUAAAACUUAGAUUACUAAUAGACUAUUUCUAAUUCAUAUGGAAUUUAGAAUUCUAUUUCAGGAAUUUCUAGCACUCUGCCUUAUCUUGCUCCUAAUUUAGCAACAUCAGGAUUCAAUAGUAAUGAAUUAACUUAAAAUUAGUCAGCAAUUAAUAACAACAAUAAUAACUACAUAAAUGCAAUAAACAAUUCUGAUGUUCACUUUGAGAGUGUUAACUUUUAUUCUAAUUAACUAUCUACAGAAAGAAGCGUGCUUAGAACUCCUAAGUCUCCUUAAACUCUUCCAGCCACUAAUAAUACAAACUAAACUAAUCCCAAUGUAAAUGGUAGCGUUUCUAGUAAAUCUAAUUUAUAAUUUAUUUUUAACACCACUAAUUAAACUUAAAAUACUGAUAUUGAUGGCAAUAACACUGACACAACAUAAAUGAUGAAUAUUUCAUAACUAAGCGCAAUCACUAAUGCAAAUAAUACUUCAACUAAUAAUUUAACUGAUAGAAAUUUAACUUAGACAGAGUAAAAUAAAUCAAAUGAUAUUCCUGAAUCCACCACUAAAGAUUUUUAUUAUCAAAAAUGCAGCAACCAUCCUGACAAAAAGGCUAAAUAUGUCAUUUGUAAUUCUUAAAAUGGAAACAAUAUCUAUUGCUCUAAAUGCGCAAUCUAAUUUUCAAAAGAUGGUUUCUAACCUAUUCAUAUUCUAGAUUUCAACAGCUAAUAAUAGUAAAAAAAUAAAAAUCAGUAACUCUUUUCUUAGCAAGAUAAUCACCAUCAAGAAAAUUAAGAAAUAGAAACAUCAGCAAAACUGGCUGAAAUAGUUUCUUUCCUUAAUAAAAUUAAUUCUCAAAGUGAAAAGUGGUAUGAAUUAAACCACGCUUUGUAGAUUAAAAAGAAAGAUGUCAAUAAUUUUUAUGAAAAAUAACUUUCAAAAAUUGAUUAGUAAUAUCAAGGAUUGAUAGAAAUGAUCAGCAAAUUGAGAGAAUAGGCUGUUUAGAAUUUGAAUACAAACAAAGAAAGAUCAAUGCAAAUUUAUAAAAUUAAAGAAAAAGAAACAAAUGAAAAUUUAAGCGAUUUUGUCAACAUUAAAACUGAUAUUGAAAACAAUACUGAUAAGAUUGUUAACUUGAUUCAAAUGGAUGAUUUCAUUCGUAUUAUGAACAGCUAUAAGGAAAAGUUUUAUAAAAUGACAGAAUUUUUUAGCAGUAUUAGCAGUGAAUUCAUUGAUUUAGCUAAGUUCAAAGCACCUAACGCUAAUCAAUUUUAUUAAUAAUUUGAAUAAUUAUUUGAAGUUGGCAGCUUCAGCACUACUUUAGUCAAAAAAAGAGUCUCAGAAUUCAUAAAUAUCAAAAGAAGUUAACAAUAACAACAAAUUUUAUCAAAUACUUCUCUAUAAUAGUCUAUAUAGUCUAACUUUAACAAUAAAGAAUCCCUACUUUCUCCAAAUAUAAAGUCAGCAAGAAUAAGUGGAGGAAUGAUUGAUAAUCUAAAUAGUGGUGGAUCUUUAUCAACAAGAGGCUCUAUUAGUAAUAACUAAUAUCCCAUUUUCAAUUUUGGUCCUACUAAUGCUCAAAACCCUGACUUUGGUAGACCUAAACAGGAUCAAAUGAUGAUAAUUUAAGAAAUUUAAGAAGACGACUUAGUAGCUGACAGAAAUAACUCUUAAAAUAAUAAAUUUUUUGGUCAAAUCAAUUAAAGUAAUCAAUAAAGUGCUUGUAAUUCUCCUGUUAGAAAUGAAAAUACUAACCAAGUUGAAUUAACUAAAAAGGAUAUCUACGUGAGCUUUGGUAAUAAUAAAGAGGCCACUCUCCAUAAAGCAAUCUAACAAGUUAAAAACAAUCAACCAAAUUAACAGAUUCAUAAUAAUAAUAUUAACAAUAAUACCAAUAAUAGUAGCAGUAGUGGUCUUAGAUAUAUAGAUAAUUAUGGUAGAUAAUAAUAAUACGAUUAACGUAAUAUAUUUAAUAAUAACAAUAAUAAUACUAAUACUAAUAAUGAAACAUCAUAUACUUAUAAUAGCGACAAUCUUUCAGGUAUUUAUGCUCAUAAAACAAAACCUUUGACUGAUAUUAUAGAGGAUAACAAUAUGAAUGAAGAAGAUGAAAAAAGUUAACCAAAUACCCCAGAGCUUAUGAAAGAUGUUCCUUUGUAAACUUAAGAAAUGAAUUCAAAUAAUAACAAUACAGAAUAGCAAAAAGCUUUCAGAAAUUUAUUUGGUGGAAGUAUAAAAUCUCCUAGAUACAGCAAAGACGAUGAUGAAGUUAUAGUAACACAAGAUAAACAGGACGAAUUAGAUAAUCCUCUCUUUUCUUCCCCUGGUUACAAAUAAUGA